AUGUCGAAGAAGAUGAUCGAGUUGAAGAGCUCCGAUGGUGUUUUGUUUACGAUCGACGAAGAUGUCGCAACCCAAUCGCAGACGCUAAAGAGAAUGGUUGAAGACGAUUGCGUCAAGACCACAGUCCCGCUUGAGAACGUCACAAGCAAGAUCCUGAAGAUAGUGAUCGAGUACUGCGAGAAGCACAAACACGUCGUCGUUUCUGAUUCUUCGACCGUACUAGAAGAGAGCAAAGAAGAUCUCAAGAACUGGGACGAUGAGUUCGUGAAGAAGACUGAAGAUUCUAUCCUCUUUGAUGUGAUGAUAGCUGCGCAUUAUCUCGAGAUCCAAAGCCUUAUUGAUCUCACGUGUCAAACUGUCGCCGAUUUGCUCUCAGCAGGCAAGACUCCAGAAGAGCUUCGCGCACAGCUCGACAUCGAGAAAGAUUUAACAGAUGAGGAAGAAGCUACGAUUCGCAGGGAGAACCAAUGGGCUUUCGAAUGA